GUGGGGGUCGCGUGCGCGCCGCCGCCAUGCGGGAGCGGAGGCCGGCACCGGCCGCCCCGGCCCGGUGCAAGCUGGUGCUGGUGGGUGACGUGCAGUGCGGCAAGACGGCCAUGCUGCAGGUGCUGGCCAAGGAUUGCUACCCUGAGACGUACGUGCCCACCGUGUUUGAGAACUACACGGCGUGUCUGGCCAGCGAGGAGCAGCGGGUGGAACUGAGCCUCUGGGACACCUCCGGCUCCCCCUACUAUGACAACGUGCGGCCCCUGUGCUACAGCGACUCGGACGCCGUCCUGCUCUGCUUCGAUGUCAGCCGGCCCGAGACCCUCGACAGCGCCACCAAGAAGUGGAAGACAGAAAUCCUGGAUUAUUGCCCCAACACCCGCGUGCUGCUCAUCGGCUGCAAGACGGACCUGAGGACAGACCUGAGCACGCUGCUGGAGCUCUCGCACCAGAAACAGGCGCCCAUCUCCUACGAGCAGGGCUGCGCGGCCGCCCGGCAGUUGGGAGCCGAGGGUUACCUGGAGUGUUCGGCCUUCACCUCGGAGAAGAGCGUGCACAGCAUCUUCCGCGCCGCGUCCGGGCUGUGCCUGAGCAGCGCCGCCCCGCAGCCUCCCCGCAGCCCCGGGCGCGGCCUCUCCAAGCGCCUCCUGCACCUCCCCAGCCGCUCCGAGCUCAUCUCCUCCACCUUCAAGAAGGAAAAAGCGAAAAGCUGCUCCGUCAUGUGAAGGGAGGGGAAGGGAUUCGCACACACACACACACACACAAAAACACACACAGAGCCCCCUUUCCCGCUCCCACCCCAAAUUUGGGAAGCCCCCCAUCCCCCCCCAAGUGCACGGAAUGGGGUCUGGGGGGGGCUGGGGAGGGGUUGGGGUGCUGCCCUUGCCCUGGGAGGGGAGGGCUUCACCUGGUUCCCAACCCUGAGGGGGGUCCCUGGGGGGUUUGGGGUGCUCAGACCCUCAGAAACGUCAGCUGGGAUGGUCCUGGUGGGGUUUGGGGUGCACAGAAUCCUGGGACAUCAGCCCAGAGGGAUUUGGGGUGCUCAGACCCUCAGAAACAUCAGCUGGGAUGAUCCUGGUAGGGUUUGGGGUGCACAGGAUCCUGGUGACACCAACCCAGGGGGGUCCCUGUGGGGUUUGGGGUGCUCAGAACGUCAAGGACAUCAACCCUGAGGAGGUUUGGGGUGCUCAGGAGCCUGAGGAAACCAACCCAGAGGGGUCCCUGGGGAGUUUGGGGCACACAGGACCCUGGGGACAUCAGUCCUGGUGGUUUUGGGGCGCUCAGACCUUCAAGGACAUCACCCCAGUGGGGUUUGGGGUGCUCAGACCGUCUGGGACGUCAGCUGGGAUGGUCCUGGUGGGGUUUGGGGUGCACAGGAUCCUGGGGACAUCAGCCCAGAGGGAUUUGGGGUGCUCAGACCCUCAGAAACGUCAGCUGGGAUGAUCCUGGUGGGGCUUGGGGUGCACAGAAUCCUGGUGACACCAACCCAGGGGGGUCCCUGUGGGGUUUGGGGUGCUCAGAACCUCAAGGACAUCAACCCUGGGGGUGUUUGGGGUGCACAGGACCCUGGGGACAUCAGUCCUGAUGGUUUUGGGUGCUCAGACCUUCAAGGACAUCACCCCAGUGGGGUUUGGGGUGCACAGACCUUCAGGGACAUCACCUGGGGUAGUCCCUGUGGGGUUUGGGGUGCACAGGACCCUAUGGACACCCACCCAGAGGGGUCUCUGGGGGAUUUGGGGUGUUCAGGACCCUGGGGACAUCAACCCAGGGGGGCUCCUAGGGCUGGAUAGGGUUUGGGAGGUCCCCCCACAGCUCUAAAGGAGGGUUUGGGGUGCUGCCCUUGCCCUGGGAGGGGGGUUUGGGGAGGGCUUCACCCGGUUCUCAACCCUGAGGGGGUCCCUGGGGGGUUUGGGGUGCUCAGGAUCCUGAGGAAACCAACCCAGAAGGGUCUCUGUGGGGUUUGGGGUGCUCAGACCUUCAUGGACAGCAAUCCAGAGGGGUCCCUGGGGUGUUUGGGGUGCUCAGAACCUCAGGAGCAUCACCUGGGAUGGUUCUUGUGGGGUUUGGAGUGUGCAGGAUCCUGGGGACACCAAUCCAGGGGGUCCCUGUGGGAUUUGGGGUGUACAGACCCUCGGGGACAGCAAUCCAGGGGGGUCCCUGUGGGGCUGGGUAGGGUUUGGGAGGUCCCCCCCGAGCUCUGAAGGAGGUUUGGGGUGCUGCAUUAUUGUCCUGGAGGGGGCAUCACCCAGUUCCCAACCCUGAUGGGGGUUCCUGGGGUGUUUGGGGUGCUCAGACCGUCAGGGACAUCAAUCCUGGGGUGUCUGGGGUGCUCAGGACCCUGGGGACACCAAACCCAGAGGGUUUUGGGAUGCUCAGACCUUCGAGGACAUCAACCCAGUGGGGUUUGGGGUGCACAGGAUCCUGAGUAAACCAAUCCAGAGAGGUCCCUGUGGGAUUUGGGGUGCUCAGGACCCUGGGGACACCACCUGGGAUGGUCUUUGUGGUGUUUGGGGUGCACAGGACCCUGAGGACACCAAUCCUGGAGGGUUUGGGGUGCUCAGACCCUCCGGGAUAUCACCUGGGAUGGUCCCUGUGGGUUUUGGGGGACACAGGGACGCCAUCCCGGGGAUCCCUGUGGGAUUUGGGGUGCACAUCAUGGGACUCAUCCAUGGCCUCAUCCUGUUCGCUCCCCCUUCCCCCCAUCCCUCAUCUGCUGCUUGGCCCUGGGGGACCGUGUGGGUUGGGGAGGGGGGGCUGUUUUAUGGACUAUAUUU